AAAGGCUGGUGCAAUGUUAGUAUGGAGGAUCAAUUUUAGAAAAGACGUAGAUGUCUUGGGCUGAGGCUGAUGGAGAAAGGAUUACCAAAUUGUGGUGCCUCUGUCAGAAACAGGUCCCAUGGUGCUGCGGGAAGGGUUCACCAGUGGAGGGACAAAAAUAAGCAUCUGUGACAAGGCUGAGCUCCUCUACACUGCCAGCAGCAUCCUACCUUGCUCCAGGAGCGCAUGUGCAUGCAGGUCCCAGAACAUGAGUGAAAACUUGAAGGACUGUUUGAACCAGACCCAGGCUUCCUUAGGAGAAAUGGUGACAAUAAAAACAGAGGCCUGCUCUCCGCACCAGGACCAGGAGUAUGGACAGCCUUGCUCUGGAAGGCCCGAUCCACAGUCCAUGGAUGUGGAGCCCAAGAAACUGAAAGGGAAACGGGAUUUGAUCAUGACCAAGAGUUUCCAGCAAGUGGAUUUCUGGUUCUGCGAGUCCUGCCAGGAGUACUUUGUGGAUGAGUGCCCCAACCACGGUCCCCCUGUGUUCGUCUCUGACACGCCAGUGCCUGUUGGCAUCCCUGACCGGGCAGCACUGACCAUCCCGCCUGGCAUAGAGGUGGUGAAAGAGCCCAGUGGGGAGAACGACGUGCGCUGCAUGAAUGAGGUGAUCCCCAAAGGUCAUAUCUUCGGGCCGUACGAGGGGCAGAUCUCUAGCCAGGACAAGUCUGCAGGAUUCUUCUCGUGGCUGAUAGUUGACAAGAACAACCGCUACAAAUCCAUCGAUGGGACAGAUGAAACCAAAGCAAACUGGAUGAGGUAUGUGAUCAUAUCCCGGGAGGAGAGGGAGCAGAACCUGAUGGCCUUCCAGCACAGUGAGAGGAUUUACUUCCGUGCCUGUCGUGACAUCCGGCCUGGGGAGAAGCUGCGGGUCUGGUACAGUGAGGAUUACAUGAAGCGACUGCAUAGUAUGUCCCAGGAGACCAUCAACAGAAAUCUCACGACAGGAGACAAAAAGUUACAGAAGGAAAAGUCAGAAAAGAAUACAGAUAAUCAAGAGGACACAAGGGUUCCACUCCACUUCACCAUGUUAAAGCAAGGGAAGAGCCCCUACAAGCGCAGCUAUGACGAGGGGGAAUCCCACCCCCAAACAAAGAAAAAAAAGAUUGACCUCAUCUUUAAAGACGUCCUGGAGGCUUCUUUGGAGUCUGCCAAAUUUGAAGAGAAACAGUUAGCAACUAGCACACCACUUUCCACAAGAGCAACAUCUAAAUACCAGGCUGAAGAGAUCUUCGAGAGGUGCAGCAGUGCCAUGCAGCAUGGCUCCCUAAACCUCAGCAGAAACCGAAGCGAAGAGGAAUGGAAGGCCCCUCAUGGUUCCUCUUUGAGCUCUGCAAAAGAAGUGGGGGUCCUUGAAGACGAGGAAGAAGAACCUCUGUCUCUGAAAGCAGACAGCCCUACCGAGCUGUCAUUGGCUUCUGCAGAAGGCAACUCCCACGAAAUUCCUACCACCUCCUUCUGCCCCAAUUGCAUCCGGUUGAAGAAGAAAAUCCGAGAGCUACAGGCUGAGUUAGACAUGCUGAGAUCUGGGAAGUUACCUGAGCCAUCUGUGCUACCACCCCAGGUACCUGAGCUCCAAGAGUUCUCAGACCCCACAGCUUCAGAAAGUAUCAUCUCUGUUCCCACCAUCAUGGAGGAUGAUGACCAGGAGGUGGAUUCUGCUGAUGAAUCUGUUUCCAAUGAAAUGAUUGCUGCUACAGACGAGCCUUCUAAGAUGUCUUCUGCGACGGGACGGAGGAUACGGCGGUUUAAGCAAGAGUGGCUUAAGAAGUUUUGGUUUCUGCGGUACUCCCCGACACUGAAUGAAAUGUGGUGCCAUGUCUGUAGGCAAUACACAGUGCAAUCCUCUCGGACUUCAGCUUUCAUCAUUGGCUCAAAGCAGUUCAAGAUACACACAAUAAAACUUCAUAGCCAGAGCAACCUCCACAAGAAGUGCCUGCAGCUUUACAAGCUCAGAAUGCACCCAGAGAAGACAGAAGAGAUGUGCCGAAAUAUGACUUUGCUCUUCAAUACAGCCUAUCACUUGGCACUGGAAGGCAGGCCCUACUAUGACUUUCGGCCUCUGGCAGAACUAUUGAGAAAGUGUGAACUCAAGGUGGUGGAUCAAUACAUGAAUGAAGGAGAUUGCCAAAUCUUAAUCCACCACAUUGCCCGGGCUCUUCGGGAGGACCUCGUUGAACGCAUCCGACAGUCUCCCUUCCUCAGCAUCAUUCUGGAUGGGCAGAGUGAUGAUGUGCUUGCUGACACAGUUGCAGUGUAUGUACAGUACACAAGCAGUGAUGGGCCUCCAGCAACUGAAUUCCUGUCUCUUCAGGAAUUGGGCUUUUCUACAACAGACAGUUACCUCCAAGCGUUAGACAGGGCCUUUUCCAGCCUGGGAAUUCGACUGCAGGAUGAGAAGCCAACUAUUGGCUUGGGAGUUGAUGGUGCUAACAUUACCGCCAGCCUGAGAGCAAACUUGUUCAUGACAAUCAGAAAGACUUUGCCGUGGCUUCUCUGCUUGCCCUUUAUGGUACACAGACCCCAUUUGGAGAUUUUGGAUGCAAUCAGUGGGAAAGAACUGCCGUGCCUGGAGGAGCUGGAAAACAAUCUGAAGCAGCUUCUCAGUUUCUAUCGUUACUCUCCCCGACUCAUGUGCGAGUUGAGGGUCACUGCUUCCACCCUGUGUGAGGAGACUGAGUUCUUGGGUGACAUUCGAGCAGUGAAGUGGAUCAUUGGGGAGCAGAAUGUGCUCAAUGCUCUCAUCAAGGAUUAUCUUGAGGUGGUGGCCCAUCUCAAGGAUGUCAGUGGCCAAACCCAAAGGGCAGAUGCUUCUGCGAUUGCCUUGGCCCUCCUGCAGUUCCUGAUGGACUACCAGUCAAUUAAACUUAUCUACUUCCUGCUGGAUGUGAUUGCUGUACUUUCACGCCUUGCCUACGUCUUCCAAGGGGAGUACCUUCUUGUGUCGCAAGUGGAUGAUAAAAUAGAGGAAGCUAUUCAGGAGAUAAGUCGGCUAGCAGACUCACCAGGAGAGUACCUGCAGGAAUUUGAGGAAAACUUCCGUGAAAGCUUUAAUGGCAUUGCUGUGAAAAACCUACGGGUGGCUGAAGCCAAAUUCCAGUCAAUCAGAGAAAAGAUCUGCCAGAAGACCCAGGUGAUCCUAGCCCAAAGGUUCGAUUCCCGUAGCCGGACUUUUGUGAAAGCCUGUCAGGUAUUUGACCUUGCAGCUUGGCCCAGAAGCACUGAUGAGCUCAUGAGCUAUGGGAAGGAGGAUAUGGUACAAAUAUUUGAACACCUGGAGACGGUCCCAUCAUUUUCCAGAGAGGUUUGCAGAGAGGGAAUGGACACCCAAGGGAGUUUGCUGAUGGAGUGGCGAGAACUCAAGGUGGAUUAUUAUACCAAAAAUGGUUUUAAAGACUUACUCAGUCACAUUUGUAAAUACAAGCAGAGAUUCCCUCUCUUAAAUAAAAUAGUUCAGAUCCUCAAAGUCCUUCCCACCUCAUCGGCCUGCUGUGAGAAGGGGCGCAAUGCCCUGCAGAGAGUGCGCAAAAAUAACCGCUCUCGGCUCACACUGGAGCAACUCAGUGACCUGCUGACAAUUGCUGUCAACGGGCCGCCCAUUGCCAGCUUUGAUUGCAAGCGGGCACUAGAUAGCUGGUUCGAGGAAAAGUCGGGCAAUAGCUACGCGCUGUCAGCCGAAAUGCUGAGCAGGAUGUCAUCUCUUGAUCAGAAGCCGAUGUUACAGAGUGUGGACCAUGGCUCUGAGUUUUACCCCGAUAUUUAGGAAGGAAUGCCUCAGAUCAGAAAGCUGUUGAAUAAUUUUUUUAAAGCUAUACUCUAAACUUUGAUAUAUUAUAUAAAGUAUAUAUAUAUAUUAUAUAUAUUAAGAAAAAACCCACACUGAAAAUUUUAAAAUUAAGACGAUGUGCGUCUGAUAGAAGCUAGGCAGAAUUUUAAAGAUUGAGACAAUGUUUAGAAAUUUACUGGUGUCUCCAACCAUGGCAGCUGCAGUGUAGGUGGCAACAUUUCAUUCUUUAGAAGCAUGUGCUGGGGCCAUACUCUACAUGUUCAAAUCUAACAAUCUAUAAGCUAGAUGACGGGUCUUUGUUGGCCUUCUUCUCCCGGUGGUUUCCUUUAUAUGUGUGUUGUCGGUUUGUUGGAUUGGGUUUUGUGUUGUUGUUAUUGUUGUUGUUUUUAGUUGCAAUCUCUGCCUCUCUUUUUGUAGUUCAGUUCAGUUAUUGAGCCAUUUGAACCUUUUGUUGACGACCGUCAGAUUUCUGAUUUUCGACAGAGCAUCCUGUGUGUUUAUGUUGUCCCUGGAUCUUCCAGCUCACCUGGUUCUCUCUGUUGGAGUGGGCGCUUUCUGCACUCACAGAGAUUCCUGGGAGGAAGGAAAGGCUAGGGCCAGGAUUUUGUUUCUUCUGAUUCAGAAACACAUGCCUCCACUAAACUGUGAUACCCCUUUCUCAGUUCUCCCUACUUUUGAGCUGUAGAGUAAUACUUGGCUUUCAGCUCCUUUUAUGAUAACCAUAGUCCUAGUUUAUCAUACGUAUAUUAUAACAUGAUGUCAUGUGCAGAUUAUAAAAUAGCAAAAUAGAGAAGGCAGGGGGAAAAUUUUGCAUUUAUAUUUUUAUAUUGUAGGAAAUAAAUAUAUAUAUAUAUAUAUAUAUAUAUACACACAACUAUUCAUUCAAAACCAGGGCUGCUGUGGAAGCUAAACAGCCAAUGAGUCAAGAGCCAUCUCUGGGCAGAGAUUCAAAGGCUUAAAAAAAUUAUAUUCUAAUUUACAUUAUUUAUACUAUGUCUUUAUAAUCCUAGAUUGUUGUGGGGUUUUUGUGUUGUUUUGUUUUGUUUGGAAUAACUGAAAGAAAAACCUGCUGCAGUUUGGUGGCAGGGGCUAUCAAUGCAAGAUUAUCUUGGAUUAUAAACAUGUGAUGAUGUCCUACAAAGGUUCACUUAUUCUCUUGUGACCAAGGUAACAUGUUCCACAGCACAGCAGACAGAUGACAACAGGAAGAAGGAAUGCUCUACUUCUUCCUGUGAAAUAUUUCUUCCUUUCUUGAAGGGAUGCGGAGUCCAGCCAAAAUGUGAAUAGAGGACUUGCACCUUCUAUCACAGAGGAGAUUGUUCUGUGGGCUUGGGGUUCUUCAUCGUUUUAUUCUUUUAAAGUAGAUGAGCUCCACGUGUUCACACAAUAUCACUUCAGGUUAGAAAGGCAAAAAAAAAAAAGAAAAAAAGAAAAAAAAAAAAGAAACUAAAAA